UAAGUGACAGCAUGUUGUUAAUAAUUUAUGACACUAAUGCCUCGUUUCCACUGAGAGCAUCGGUUCGGUUCGGGUCAGUACAGUAUGGAACGUUUAGAAUGGUCCGGUCUAUUUUGGUGAGCAUUUCCACUGCAAGUUGGACUGCCAGGGGCCAUGCAGGUUUUAGAAAAAAUGCCUCUCGUGAUGUCACACUAGUGCGACAAGGAACGUGAUGCAGCGUCACUGAGCGUCAGCCAAACAACAACAAUGGAAGUCACUCAGCAGCUCGUCUUUUCUCUACUUGCCUUUUGGUUCUUUGUAGUCAAAAUAGAUGCCACACUGUAUGAGAGAAGGUUGCGAGCGGCAAUGAGAAACACAGCAGAAAGGAAAACUUCUAGCUUCGAUGUUUAGUUGGGAGGAGAAGUACACAUUUGUGCGGCUAAGACAAAGACAGCAGCGCUAUAGGAUGCUUCUCCUUUUGGCAAAGCAGCGCCGCCGACCAGUUAUUUGGGCUUUCCCCCGUGCCAAUGAGUGGUGGCAUGUGACCAUCCCAGGAUUCACACACACACAUAAUUUAAGAAUGUCAGAGGAAACCUUCUCAUACCUUUGUGCCAAGCUAUGUCCAGCGAUGGAAAAGCAAAAUACCAACUUCAGAGCCAGUUUGCCUGUGAAGAAAAGAGUUGCCAUUGCACUGUGGAAGCUGGCUACCAACAGUGAAUACAGAAGUAUAGGUCAUCUUUUUGGUGUCAGUAAAUCAUCAGUGUGCCGGUGUGUGCAGGACUUCUGUAAGGCUGUGUGCACAUUGCUAGCUCCUGAAAUUGUUCAUUUUCCGGACAGGGAAAAGCUUAAAGACAUGGCUGAGUACUUUGAGAACAGGUGGAGCCUUCCACAGUGUGUUGGUGCUAUUGAUGGCUCACACAUACCAAUAAUGGCACCACAAGAAUACCACACUGACUACUUCAACAGAAAAGGCUGGCAUUCCAUCAUCCUCCACGGAGUAGUGGAUGGCAAGGGACUAUUCUGGAAUGUGAAUGUAGAAAAGCCUGGGAGUUUGCAUGAUGCUCGGGUUCUACGAUUGUCCAUAUUUUGGGAUUGGGUUGGCCAGGGAGGCCUGCACCCUGUUUGCACUAAGAACAUUUGUGGGGUGAAUGUUGGCUAUUAUGUGCUUGGGGACUCUGCCUACCCUUUACAAAAUUGGCUCUUGAAACCAUUUCCUGACAAUGGCGGCCUAACAACAGAACCGCAAACCUACAACAAGAAAACAUCCAAGGCACGUGUUGUUGUGGUUAAUGCUUUUGGAAGACUUAAGGGUAGAUGGAGGUGUCUUAUGAAGAGAAAUGACAGUGAUGUUAAACUUGCCAAAUCCAUGGUACUAACUUGCUGUGCUCUUCACAAUCUUUGUGAAAGUCAUGGAGAAGACUUUGACCAGGAUUGUAAUACAUCUCCAGAAAAGCCAGUACCAGUAAUAGCAGCACAGGAUAUGGAAGAAGAGUGCAGUGAAAUACGUCAGGCUCUGAUGCGGCACCUUAAUGUUUAAGUUCUUACCGUGAAUUAUAAUUUUUUUUUAUUAUUUUUGCUAUAUUUUUAAUAAAAUGUUAAAUGAAA